AUGUCUAUUGAUCAUGAAGGACUUCCCGGAAGUUCAUGUGGACCAAUGAAACGUAAUUCGCCUGGUCUGAUAUGUGUUGUCUGUGGCGAUACUUCGAGUGGUAAACAUUAUGGUAUCUUGGCUUGUAAUGGUUGCAGUGGUUUCUUCAAGCGAAGCGUUAGAAGAAAACUGAUUUACAGAUGCCAGGCAGGUUCAGGACUGUGUAUUGUAGACAAGGCCCAUAGAAAUCAAUGUCAGGCUUGUCGUUUGAAGAAAUGUAUCCAAAUGGGAAUGAACAAAGAUGCUGUUCAAAAUGAGCGGCAGCCCAGAAACACGGCCCAGGUGCGACAUGACCAAUUAAUAAGCGAACUUGAUGGCCCAUUUCCACAUAAUAAUGCAACUGUAUCGGCAACACAUCCAGCUUUCAGUCCUGGACUAAACAACAGGUUUAUAACUGGACUUAUGACCUCAGAUACUAGCACUAAGCUGGAAAAUGACGAAAGAGCUGUCCAUGAUGAGAAAGUUGAUGUGACUAGCCUUGACCAAGACCGAACAGGACAUCCACCACCUGGACAGUUUCAAGAUGUGUCGCUUUAUUCUCCAGGUCAAGAGACCGUAUACGAAUGUUCAGCGAGGCUUCUAUUUAUGGCUGUAAGAUGGACUAAAAAUCUUCCAUCGUUUGCUAAUUUACCGUUCAGAGACCAGGUGAUACUUCUGGAAGAGUCAUGGAGUGAGAUAUUUCUACUGUGUGCCAUACAGUGGUCCAUGCCUAUGGAUUCGUCACCGCUACUUGUAGCCCAAGACCACGAACAACAGCCCAAUGGCAAAACUGGUCCCACUGAUAUCAGGAUUCUUAAAGACGUUUUUGCCAGAUUUAAAUCAGUACAAGUUGACCCAGCUGAAUUUGCUUGUAUGAAAGCGGUUGCAUUGUUCAAACCAGAAACAAGAGGUUUGAAGGAUCCACAUCAAGUCGAGAGUCUACAAGAUCAAGCGCAAAUUAUGUUAGGACAGCAUGUGCGCACGCAUCAUCCAACACAUCCCAUGAGGUUUGGAAGGUUGCUUCUUAUGCUGCCGUCAUUGAAGUUUGUUGGUUCAGAUAAAGUGGAGAAAAUCUUCUUUGGACGAACGAUCGGAAAUACUCCUAUGGAAAAACUGUUGUGUGAUAUGUUUCGAAAUUAA